GAAAUGCACCCACGAUUUCGCUUCACGUCCUGAAACUCCGCCACAGAGUCGGCUCCGGCUGUUUGGCUUUCCUGCCGCCGUUUGUCCCUCGCGAAGCCCCGUUGCUCGCCCGGGAGGCGUGACUAGGGGCUGGAAGCAGGCGGGCGGCGGCGCCGUGGGCCCGGGCUGCCGCUGUCAUGGACGCCUGGGUCCGCUUCAGCGCGCAGAGCCAAGCCCGGGAGCGGCUGUGUAGGGCUGCCCAGUAUGCCUGUUCCCUUCUUGGACAUGCUUUGCAGAGACAUGGGGCCAGUCCUGAGCUGCAGAAACAGAUUCGACAACUGGAGGGUCAUCUGAGCCUUGGAAGAAAGUUGCUACGUCUGGGUAACUCGGCAGAUGCUCUUGAAUCAGCCAAAAGAGCUGUGCACCUAUCGGAUGUUGUCCUGAGAUUCUGCAUCACUGUUAGUCAUCUCAAUCGAGCCUUAUACUUCGCCUGUGACAAUGUUCUGUGGGCUGGAAAGUCCGGACUAGCUCCCCGUGUGGACCAGGAAAAGUGGGCGCAGCGUUCAUUCAGGUACUAUCUGUUUUCCCUCAUCAUGAAUCUGAGCCGUGAUGCUUAUGAGAUCCGCCUACUGAUGGAACAAGAGACCUCAGCUUAUGGCAGGAGAAUGAAGGUUUCUGGAGUCCCAGGAGGAGUGGAGACGGGGGGACCUGGAGGACCAGGGACCCCAGGGGCAUGCCUGCCACAACUGGUUCUGAAGUUCCGACUCCGAGUGCUACUCCUGGCUCGUGUCCUCCGAGGUCACCCUCCUCUUCUGCUGGAUGUGCUCAGAAAUGCCUGUGACCUCUUCAUCCCACUGGACAAACUAGGCCUCUGGCGCUGUGGCCCUGGGAUUGUGGGCCUCUGUGGCCUCAUCUCCUCCAUUCUGUCUAUUCUCACCCUAAUCUGUCCCUGGCUACGACUCAAGCCCUGACACCAUAGUACAGGAUACUGAGAGACCCUGAAUUGUGAGAUGGAAUCUUAGAUUGUCCCCCAGUGCCAGCCUCAUUCUAAUUUGACUCCCUGAUUGAAGGCACAAUCCAGACACUUAGGGAUGAAGGGAAGAACUUUGCCAAAGACGAGGUCAGGAAGGCGAUGUCAAUGGCAAGACUCAAGUAUGCCUCUAGAGGCGUUUGGGCUUCUCUGACAAUGCCAGAAUCUCUUUGCCCUCUUCCCUUUAUCUGUCCUGAGUCUGGUUAAGAAUUUGUCACCAUGCGACAGAAUUGUUUUUCUUAGUCCCCUAUCCAGAUACUUAGAUUACUUUUUGGUAGGGGAAGUGUAAAUUUGGGGUUUGGUAAAGCGCUAAUUGUAUUCUUUGUCUGAAGCAGCAUGUAGCAUAUUUUCUUUCCUUCACACCCCACAAUUUUCAAGACUUUGUGUCAUGUCCCAGCAGGCUCUUCCCUUCCAUAUCCCCACUGAAGGCCAUUUGACAAUUCUCCCCUCGUGUCUACCUCAGCAGCCUCACUCCUGAUUUGGCACUGACCCUCCUCUCCUCCACACUCUCCAGUGUCUGCUUACACUUUGAUAUUAGUGUUCCUUCCUCAGCUGCCUCUUGCCCUUUCUUUAACUAUCCAGAUUGAUACUGUGUCUGGCCUCUUGCUGUAAAUACUGUAUAGUGAAUCUGUGUAAAUAACUGCGGUCCAUGCCCACAGUGCAAGCAAGCCUUCCAGGUCAGCAAAUUAAAGAUGAGUUUGCUCACUGA